AUGAUCCAAUUUUUGCGGAAGAAACUCAUCACCAAAGCUGUCUUGUUGGCAGACCCAUCACGUUGCAAAAACUUUGUGGUGGUAGUGAUCUAUGGUUUUCUGUCAAGGCUUGCAUUUGUUAAGCAUGGAGACACAACAUGGACCAACCUCAGCGGUGCAGCUGAUCAAGUCUACCGUGACAUUAUAUGCUACAAUAAUCAGCUUUACGCAUUGGAUGGCAAUCUUUCAGUGAAAGUAUGGGGUUUUCAAGGUCCCUCUGCCAAUGAAAUCAUGACCAUUCCACCUUUGACACUACUAAAAGAUGUUGAUAGUACUCGAAAGUCUUCUAGAGACAUUUGUGUUUCAACGCAGAUCUAUCUGGUGAAGACCUCAAGUGAGCUCUUGUUCAUCGAACGGUUCAUUCGAAAAUCUUUUAAGGAACAUAGUACCAAAGACGGCACACAGACUGUGGUUUGUUCAUUUAGUACAAAGAUGUUUUGUGUCUUCGAGUUAAAUUUGAGAGAGCAAAGAUGGGAAAAGGUGAAAUCUUUGAACGAUCAGGUUCUGUUCUUGGGUGGAAAUCAGUCCAUAUCAUUCUCCGGUCUUGAUGUUUUCAAUCGGUGCAAACCAAAUUCCAUUUAUUUCACGGAUGAUAAAUGGAAUGAUGAGUAUGAUACGAAGUUCUCGUAUGGUGGCCAUGAUGUUGGAUUGUUCAAUUUAGAUGAUCAAAUUAUUACGCAUUUUUAUGAUUCUGAUUUGGAGAAGAUCGAUCCACCACCCUUUUGGAUGACUCCAAAUUCACGGUGA